AUGUGGCCGUUGGUUUUACUCGCCCCCUCGGAGCUGGAAUAUUUACUCUCUGAAAUGUUUAUAUUAUCUGUGCUCUGCUGUGGUCAAACACGAAGAAAGCGAAGCGAAACGUCUUGUAAGAUAACGUUAAUUUAAAACUAUUUGCUUGACCAGUGUUUAGUCUUCGAAAAUCGCCUGUAUUGAAACUACAUCUCUGUAUUUCUCACCUCCUGACCCGUCUUUUGAAAUUCAAUCCUACGCUCAGUACGGCGAUGUAAUUGAUAUGUAACGCAACGUUAUUUGGUAUCCUGCCCAGAAGUCCCUCAAACGUUAACCCUCAACAAACCGUACUUCUUGUUUGUAACCUUUAUCCUUAUUUAACCCUAAGCCUUAGCUCAACUUUAGCUAUCCACCCUAACCAGCUUAACGUAACACCCUUUUCCUGACAAGGCGAACGUUUAACUCAGUGGAUCAACUCAUGUGUUAUGACCAUUGAAAUCAGUUGAGACUGCUCGUCUAACCCUAACCCCCAACCCUCCAACCUAACCCUAACCUAAUUAUUCCUAACCCUAACCUCCAACCUAACCCUAACCUAUUCCUAACCCUAACCUCCAACCUAACCCUAACCUAUUCCUAACCCUAACCCCCAACCUCGACCUAAUCUGAUUCUAACCCUAAACUAUCCCUAGUCCUUACCCUAACCUAACCCUAACCUAAACCUUAACCUUAACCCUAAAACCCUAACCCUAACUCUUCCUCCCCCCCCCCCUGCUCUUACAUUUAGUAGUAUACAGUAAGGACUAAGUAAUAGGUGCUUUUCGAAGUUAGCCUCAAAAGGCUCUUAUAAAUUUUCUGUUUCUUGGAAAUUAAGCUGUUUAGGUUCUCAAACAUUCGAGGUUCUUAUUUUCUUAAGGAAAAAAAGACUUUUUUGUAAGAAUGUUGGAGGUUUUAAAUGUUUGUACAAAAUAUGCAUGUUGUUAUGUCUAAAUGACUGCAAUUUAAGCCAAUAGAAAUUUUUUUUGCCAUUAGAAUGAUUAGUGGACUUUAAGAACUCCAUAGCGAUCUGUUUUAACAUUUCUACUUCAUCUGGUUCUUUCAAAAUCUUAGCCUGAAGAAUUCUGGUUCUUAUCUGUGCCUCUCCUCUGUGUCACUAACCUGACAUAAUAAUGAGUGACACGUGCAUGUUUCACUGUACAGUAUUUUUCAGAUGAAAGAAAAUACUGAUUUGGAUUGUUUUUGUUGUAUUGGGGGCAAUUAGAGACUUAGUGAAAACUAUACACUGUAAUUUUCAGGGAGUUAUAAUAACUCCUCUAGUGGGGCUAACUUAACUCCUUACAGUGGAGUUAUUUUUCGUGGAGUUAUUUUAAAGGGGUUAUCCUGUACCUAAAAUUUUUACUCCAUUUUUGGAGUUAUAAUAACUCCCUAAAAAUUACGGUGCAGAGGAUACCAGUUUUACCAAGUAAAUAUUAUUGCUGUGGCGACUAAUUCUGGGAAUGGCACAUACUCCAGCGAGGCAACAAUUGUAAGAACCAACGAAGGAGGUAAAAAGCAAAAGAAAAAAUGAACGCUAUUUUUUUGAAUUCACCUUGAACGUGGGGGGAAGUAGAAGUAAGAUCAACGUGGAAACUUCUCUUGCAAUACAUUUCACCACGGUCACCCCACAUCGGUUGCACAUUAGACCUGACUAUGGUGGGACGUAACACAACCAGUAGGGACAUAUAAUAGCACUUUACUUGAAGUCAGGCUCUGUUGUGUUAGCCUAUCCACAUCUAGUGUCGUAAAUCUAACGUUAAAACCGCUGUUUCGUUAAUUGACUUUGAGGACGAAAAGGUUGAAUGCCUUUCCAUUGAACUCUUAUCUGUUAGUCAGCAAAGGAAUAAACACUGACUGUUACUAUAAUCUUAUCAUCAAAACAUUUUACAUUCCUCGCAGUUCCAAGCCGUGCACCAACGAAAGUCAGUGUUGUAAACCAAGGAUUGAAUGAGUUAUUGGUCAGAUGGGAUCCCCUCCCCACGCAGUAUGCCAAUGGUCGUAUAUUGGGAUACAACGUGUACUACAAAAGGACCCAGUACUACUACUAUUCGGACACCAUUGUCAGGAUCAACAACACAAAAUUGCCGAAAGUAGUUCUGCCGAAUAUUCAGACUGGAGAACGUUACCAAAUUUCAGUGGCUGCUUUCACUUCUGUAGGAACAGGGCCCAGGUCAUCCCUUGUUUAUGUGACGAAAGGUAAAAAAAAAAAAUACUAAGACUAAUGCACUUUGGUUAAGCUGUAGAUAUGAAAUAACCACUGAGUUAAUUAAAUGUUUUUGUUGUUACAGUUUUUAUUAUUUUUUUAUUUUUUUAUUUUUUAUUAUUAUAAUUUUUUUUUUUUAAGGUUGUGGAGGCGUUGUGAACCAGUCGUUUGGUUGGUUGAAUUUCACCAAGUCCAACUACAAUACUCUGAACUGCAGUAUUCAGAUAAAUAAUGCUGGUGUGAAUCCAGGUUUCGCCCUGAUCUCAUUUCAGUUCAUAUACUUAAGAUACUGCAGGUAAGCGGAAUAUUGUGUUCAUCAUUAAAUGAAAAAGAAAGAACCAAGGCCUCCAUCGGUUUUGCUAGAAAACUGUCAUGGUCUAAAAAGGGUAAUGAGACUUUCCUCUUUUCUAAUGGUCUUCGAAUGUUCUUGUGUUAAACUUUGGUUUCGAUGACAGUUUUCUAAGUAAUUCUUCGCUGCUUCCACAAAGUGUUUCACUAGUCUCAUUUCUUGUUCUCUGCAGCGAGUUCAUCAAAAUUUAUGACCACACUGGCAAUGAGGUGUUCCGUCGACAAGGUUGUAAUUCAUUUAGUGGCGCACAGUCGGUUGAAGUUCCCUUUGGUGACGGAGACAGCAUAACAUUGAUGGUCCUACUUUCAUACCGAUAUAGCUACGCCAGAAUUCAAUACACAGUGUUACAAAAAGCACUGGACUCAGGUAACAAAUUACCCUCGGGUGCACCCCAAAAUGACAUGCUGGAGUCUUUGCAAAUUACCAUGACAUUGCAAAAACCCAGACGGGCCGGGAGGGGGAGGAGUUUAACUGCUUCAAAAUAGUUGCAAAAUGAGGCGGGUCGCACCUCUCGUAACAAAUCUUAGGAUUGACUGAAAAAAAACAAUAAACAAACAAAGGAAGGAAUGGACCCUAGCCGUGAAACAGUAGAGGUGCGUGCUAUGGGGAGACAGUCAAAUUACAGUUUACUGAGAGGUGCGCAGCUACUGUUAAAGACCCGUUGUCAGUAACUUGCAGAGAAUUCGGCGCCAGAUCAAGAAAUCGAAAUCCUUUUUUUCAUUUCACCGAAAAAAAAACCCUUUUGGUAUACUAUUUUCAAAAAUAAUAUUGAAAAGUUCCAGCGAAAAUCCGUUUUCGCGAAAAAUAGGAAAGUUUAAAAUCGGCCUAAACCUCUGGCCGAAGGCCCGAUGGAAAUUAUGCAAAAUAGGGUAUUUUGUAAACCCUCAUACGAAAAUCAUAAUCAUAAUCAUAAUCAUAAUCAUAAUCGUAAUCAUAAUCAUAAAACGAAAGCUAGUCUAUACUUAAUCUUUGCCAGGUUUGUUACACACUUCUCAAAGUUACUUUGAAGCUAUAUUUUAUCUUGAUCGAGGCUUUCUUUCUAUUUCUUACACCCGUGCAAAAAAAACCAAAGAACAUAUAACAAAUUGGGGUUACUAGGUUUCCGUAUGUUUCUGUUCUGUUUAUUUACCUGUGUAAGGGAUGUUCUGAUGUGUUCCGUGUUUUGGAACAUACCGAUCACAACCUAGUUUCCAGAAUGCAAAAGCAAGCUACUUCUAGUUCGAUUAUGGAAACAAAAGCCAUCAGGGAGAGCAAAAACAUUGACCACUCACAUAGUUGCAGCCAUUUGAUGUUUCUUUUUCGCUCGUUAUAAUUACCCAGUCGAGCUUUUCGCUGACAUUCUUCACAUCUUUACGAUAAAAAGUGAUACCUGUUUCUCAGAUUGCUUUUUCCACCUAGAACUACCCGACUUUUUGCAUGGUUUGAAAGCAGAAAAGCAAAAUGUGGGCAAUAACAGGACCGACAGUUUUAGUUUAUGCGACGGCAACAGGUCUAAAACCAACACAGGAGCCGAAAAUUUUCACCACUCGUUUACUAAGUUUGUCACGCCUUACCUAGAAUGUACUAGAACACGUCACCAGAACAUCAAAACCGUAUUUAUUAAAAAUGGACUGCUUUUAAAAUGUUCGUUAGGCAAAAUAUAUCAAUUAUAAUGAAAAAAAGGGGUUGUACAGAUAGCAGCAAGGUUUUUAUGCGGAGAAUGUGUUACUAGCACUGUGAGCUGAAUAAAUUAAGAACGAAAAAAAUCGUAAGAGUGCACUUAUGAUACAUUUUCUUGUAGCUUGCUCGCUUUUGGCUAAAUAGAGACUAGCACUCGUACCAGGGUUUUCAAAAUGUCCUGAUUUGCAAAAUGUCCAUAGGGCUUUCGGCCAGGUUUAGGCCGAUUUUAAACUUUCCCAUUUUUCGCGAAAACUGAACUUCGAUGGAACUUUUGAACACUGUUUUUGAAAACAGUUUACAAAAAGGUUUCGUUGGUGAAAUAAGAAAAUCUAAUUUUUUGUGCUAGCGUCGGAUUCCCGAUAGUUAUACUGACAACGGCUCUUAAAAUCUCCGACCUUUUACUGAACAACCCUUCCUCCGCACCAACUGUGGCUGCUGUGUCACGAAGCAUUUAUAUCGUAAACUAUGUGGACGUGGUUCUACUUUAAUCUAUACGCCUGUUCAACACUCAACUCCUUUAACAGUACGUCAAAAGGAGUAUCUCGUUUACCAAUCUGUAAAUAAUACGCCUUAAUUUGUGAAAACCUCUCUUAAUGAUUGUUUUUUUUUCUUUUCAGUCUUUUUUAUUAUUUAAUUUAUUUACUUUUUAUUAUAUCAGCGCAAGUGUUGCCUUCUUGGAAUGUCACCGUCACCUACAAGACUUCAUCGUCAUUGACAGUCCGCUGGUCAAAUUUCCCUUUGAGUAUUCCAAUCCGGCAGUUUUUGGUGAGAUAUAAGGAUCAGAAUUCAAACUUCAGCUUGAUCUACAAGGUCUCGAAUUGGUAUAACUCACAUAACUCUGGGAGUAUACUUAGAGGGUACCAGUUUUACCAAGUAAAUGUUAUUGCUGUGGGGGUUUAUUCUGGGAAUGGCACUUACUCCAGCCAAACAACAGUUGCAAGAACCAACGAAGGAGGUAAAUAAAAAAAAAAUGAUAAUAAAUAAAUAAAAGCUAACAAAGGAAAACAAAAAAUAAAUAAAAAUAAAAAAAAAAUAAAAGAAAUAUAAAUAAAACAGAACAAAAUAAAACCCUUUACCCUUAACUUCAACUGGUCGUACUUAAUGGUAUUGAAUAAUCGUUCAUUUAUCUUUUUAAGUGCUAUCAAACACAUGAACAAUUCAAAUUUACGAAAUACCAAAAUCGCUUCAAGUUUUAGCUUCAUUGGCUGUUUCGAAAGUUCGCAGUAAAAACCAAAACUAAAUAAAGCAAAUCAACCACGGAAACAACAACAAUAGCAAAGAGAGUCAACAGUUUACCUUUCUUUUACUAAAUGGCUGGUGAUUUUGAUAGUCAGGUCUACAAGAUUUCUUUUGAUGUAGUUUUUAGGUAUCGCUUAGACGUGAGACACCCCUGGUAACCUUGAAGCAAUUCGCCUGUUACUUCUCUCCUCUUUUGUGUACCGUCUUACCAAUCCGACAUUUGUUAAUCUUUUGAUUUUCUUAGUGCCCAGCAUUGCACCUUCAGGCUUACGAGUUUCCAGACUACAGUUCAGUGAAUUAAAGGUGCAGUGGAAUCCAAUACCUCAGCACAGUGUAAAUGGCCGACUGCUGGGAUAUGUAGUCUACUACCAAAAGUAUCCUUAUUAUUGGUAUAGCACAAAACGAGUCAACACAAGUAGCCCAGAUGUCCAUAUGCUGGUGCUAAGCGAUUUGAAAGCAGUACACUCCUACAGAGUCUGGGUGGCGGGGUUCACACGUGCAGGAACUGGACCACAGUCAUCUUCAUAUUACGUCACAACUGGUAAAUUACACUAUGUUCUAUCCUGUGGCUGGAUAUAGAAAGAUAUCCAAAUUUAAGAUUCGUCAUACCUAUUGCUUCUCAAGAGUGGUCUAUUUUUAUUUAUUUAUUUAUUUAUCUAUUUUCCGAUACAGUACUUCCUCCCUUCCCCCAAAACCACAGGAAAUUAUUUGCCUCAAUCAAGUAUCCAGUAUCCUAAAUUCUUGCGUUUAUUCUGAAGCCCUUAAAAAAGUAUUUUAUAGAUUCCAUUCUUAUCAUUUAGAUCAGAUCAGAGCAUACCGGUCAGACAGUACUUAAGAUUUAUUACGUUCGACGUUCAUCUGCUUUUCGGCGCAAUUUUGAAUUACGUCAUAUGUGCGUGCGCAUCACACUGGUUCAAUCAAGGUCAACCGGAUGCAACUGUUGCCAAAAGCAAGGAAAUAUUUGAGUUCGACGAAGGGAUGAAAUUUGUAGUUGUUUUCGAAGUGGGUUUUAUCGCUGAGCUGUCGAUUCUGUCCUACCUUUCUGGGUGUUACUACAUUGUUAGACCAAUAAAUGUUGGAACGGUUAAAUCGACCUAAACCUUUGUAGGAAGACACAAUUAAGCACCAGGUAACGUUUGUGCCGUCUGCGGUCUAUUAAAUGAUUUAUCAGUGCGUUGAGUCGAUAUAUGUAUUCGCAGUUUUAUUUCCCACCAACACGAGAUGCAUUCCGGGAUAAAAUACGUGUGCGGAAGUUUAUACAUAUAAUGAUUUAUCGACGUCAGAUAUAUCUGCGGGGAGGGGGGGGGGGAGUUGUUGAUAAGACCCUUCCGCCUAACAAUAUAAGUUUAAGGUAAUUUCCUUGUUUUUCACUGCGCAUCACUUAGUGAGCAUAACUUCAGAGGUGGCGAUGAUUUUCAGUUGUGGCCUAAAAAGAUGUAAUUAAGGCCUCUUUUGAAGUCCCGACGCAUUGAAUUAGUGCGUCGGGACUCAAAAAGAGGCCUUAAUCUUGGGAGCGAUUUUGAAGACUCUACUAUUAUAAGACUUUUUGUCGGUUAUUCGUGUUUCGAUCGAACAUCUAGCGCGCAGCGGGGAAAAUACACUCAGAAUUACGGGCAUGUAGGGUGAAAACAGGCACGGUGACCCCAUCUUUUUAUUGUAGGUUUUGAAUUUCUUAUAUAUGGUUGACAUUUGUGCGAAGUUUGAAAAAAAUCUUGAGAGUACAUCCUUUUCAAGAGAAUUACCAUAAAACACUGUGAAAUAGUGAAAUACACCAACUGAAUGAAGCUGAACAGUUCGCACAAUGACAAAAUAUUUUUACCUGAAGCGACGUCAUUCAGGUUACCAGGCUUUUGGACAUUUGUAGUGAUAUUUUUUAUAUUUUAACAAAAAUGGAGCUUUCUACGAUUGUUUUUUGGUUGCUUGUUUGUUUGUUUAUAAAUGUUUUCAUAACCUUUUCCUAAUUUUCAAAUAAGCUUGACGGCAAAUCUAAGAAAAGUCCACCGCACUCACUAAUCUAUGACUACCAGAACUUUUAGCAGAGGAUGAUUCAGUAAACCAGGCCCCUGACAACCUGUCUGUUUUGUAUAGCUUCUCUUCUCUUCUUGGGAGUUGGUUUCCUGAUAGUUCUCGUUCUCCUUUUUCUCCGUUCUCUAGAAAACACUACCCGUAAUGUUUCCUUUGCUGCCCACUUUUCGAUAAGUGCCCAUCCUCACUGGAAGGUCUUGCCGCAGUUCUUGUCACUAGCCCAGUUUUGAUUUUAUUUUAUUUUCAUGUUGGAACUCCUUUGGAAGUUAACAAAAAAAUAAUAAUGAAAAAAUAAAUAAAUAAAAAAUAAUCAUUUCAUCCACAACUACAUGUACGUUGCUUUAUUUUCUUAUUGUCAAAUAGGUUGUGGAGGAUACGCAAAUCGCUCUUUUGGCCAUUUACAGAUUGACUCUAACAGGGGCUCGAGCUACGUCACUUGUACAUUUGUGGUUGGUAGAGUUGGCAUAAAUCAGGCAGUUGCACUAGUUUGGAUACAAGAUCUGUAUUUGUCAUAUUACAGGUACUGAUUUGUUUGUAGAUUCCCGUCUGAUUAUUUUUUGCAGUUUUCCAAAGUUUGUUUACUUUUUUUGAGUGAACAUCAAUCAUGCCAAAGGAAUAAAUAUAAUUUUAUUUUACAAUGGAAUCUCUUAUAACCGACACAUUGCGUAUAAGUAAGAAGAUCGAGAGCUCUAUUUAUGUGCCUCAUUGACGGCAACUUCGUUAUUAGGAACUAGUAAUCAGUACAUAAGCUAAUAAAAAACCCAUAACAAGGAGAUAUAAUACCACAUAGGAGCAUUAUAUUUUUUUUUUCUGAGAUGACAACUGCACUUAAAUCUUUUAGGUUGACUGUGACGAAAUAAUAGAAAGCGUUUGAUUUUAUUUUUGAGUACGUUACUGCCCUCUCAAUUUAGUGAAUAUAUCAACAUAACUGACGGAAAUGGAUCGCUGGUUUGGUAUAAGUACGGAUAUCACUCGUCUGGUCUGACAUCUUACCUCGAAGUUGGGUUUGGAAAUGCUGAUAACAUAACUGUUCAGAUCUAUUUAAGAAACAGCUACAGUCGCUUCAAGCUUCAAUACGGAAUUAUCAAGCAAGGCCUUUUCUCAGGUAACAAUCGUUUCAUAGUGUUAACAAAUCUACUAAUUCUUAUAGGGUGCCAUGUGAUAUUAGUUUUACAUAAUGGCGUCCUAGGAGAACCAGGCAGGCAGCCAGUUGAGACAAACUAUACGUGCGUUGCUUCUUUUUGUUAUCAAUUUGACUUAAAAUUACUGAUCUAGUUGAACUGGUUCUAGCAGAUUUUGCACAACUUACAACAUUGAUACCUUGAUAUAAGCCUAGUAACAUUCAUUUGUUGUUUUCAUUUGUUCUAUUUUAUUACCCCUGAUAUAUCGUUCUCUCGAAAAGGUUUUAUAUUUUCCUUAUCAUACACCUUAUUGGAAAAAUUUUGUCGCUUGAAAAGUAUAAAAUACGAACGAUGGGACCUAAUGGAUUUAUGGGUAGAACUUAAUUAGCAUUACAAAUUUAAAGUUCUUUUCAGAAAUUUUUACAUUACUGAAGCUUUUCUCGACGAUACAAUCUAACAAACGUUAAACGGUUUCUAUUUUUCAUUGCGAUAAGCUAACAACUUCACCUGUGCUGGACACAUAAGAGAUGUCUGCAGUUAAAGAGCGUAGCCAUAUCGCUAACGCACUCUUGAAAAUCAUAAGAUAGAACCUAACAGCUUUCUUGGAAGACAAAAAAUACAACGGGGUGCCUUAAACAAAGUACUCUAGCGAUUUACAUCCACACGAGCAUCUCGUGACAAUGAACACUUUUGUCGAAAGAACUUUGAAUUUGCUAUGCUAAUGAAUGUAUACCCAUAAAUCCUUGAAGCUUCAUCGUUCAUGUUUAGACUUUUCCGCGACAAAGUUUUUUUUCAAUCCGGUAUAUUCAUUCUUGCUGCCUCUGGUUUAUCUUUUAGCCAUACCUUCAGACUGGAAUGUGACCAUUGGCAACACCUCGAGAACGUCGAUUAGAGUCCAUUGGGAGAAUUUAGCACCACUUAUCGAUGAUACCGUACUGUAUUAUAUUGCUAACGCCCAUGAUGGUAACCUAUCAAGUGCAACGGUCGUUCCUGGGAAUUCAAGCACUGCAAACGUUCUGGGGCUGUCAACAUACACCGAAUAUCAAGUAAGCGUCAUGGGGAUAAACAGGCAUGGUCAACCGUACAAUAGCUCAAGCGUCACAGUCCGGACAGAGGAAGGAGGUGUGUGUUACAUGACGUUACAGACAAAACGCGUAAUCGACGCCACGUCAACAGAGAAUAAUUUAUUUCACUAUGCAUUUGAAACGCUUGCGGAUGAGCGUCGAUAUAACCUCGGAAUAUGGUAUAUAGCCUGCUUGCAGACGUCUCUUAUUUCCUUCGUGGCAAGGGACGCAUGCGUUACUGCGUGCUUCCGUAUCCACAUCUUUCUAUACGCUUCUCUUUUCUAUAGUCACCGGAUUCUCUAUAUCUCUAGACGACACAUGAUUCCAUAAAUAACUUCCAUUAAAGCAUCAGUCUGACAAAAGCUUGAAUUUUUCGAUUCUAAGUUUUUUCUGCACUCAUGUGACCUUCAGUAUAUGGAGUAUAUGUCUAUUAUAUCAAAUAAUAAUAAUAAUAAUAAUAAUAAUAAUAAUAAUAAUAAUAAUAAUAAUAAUAAUAACUUUAAGGAAUACAUGAAGCGAAUCGGCGUGAACGUGAGGUUAGACGUUAUCCAGAAAACAGCAUUGUUGGGGACAGCAAAGAUACUAAGGAAAGUAUUGUCCCUGUAAGAAGACGAAAAAGAGAGACCUGGGGCCCGUGGUGACUUGUUGUAACCCGCUCCUAAGGACUAUAAACCAAGAGUAUAUGCAUGUCGAUUAUAUCAAAACAACAACAACAACAACAAUCUUAAUAAUAAUAAUAAUAAUAAUAAUAAUAAUAAUAAUUGUCGUGAGGUAUGCUGAAGACUAAGCUAAUUUCUUGGACUUAUCUUUAGUUGAGGUAAUGGAUAUCUAACGCUAGUCUAUUGAGAAUCGAAUGAACUUGAACCUCAAAAAGAAAUGGUGGUUAGAGGAAAUACUAAAAACCAAUCCCGGAACCCAUGAAAGAUAUUGCGAGGAAGGGAGAUCUCAAUUAAGUUAUUAGGAGUGACAUUUAACGAGCAACCAUGAGUCUAGGAGAGGCAUUUCGAUCAUAUGAUUUCUGACUUAAUACGUGGAAAAGAUUUGGGAUUAUGGAAGGAGGUGACCACUGACAAUCACGGUUUAACUUAUCUUAUCCCCAUGAAGCGCAUGCGGAAACUACGAGAAAGGGGUCACGAUUAGAUUUUGCCCCUUGUUAGAACUGAAAGGUUCAAGCGAUGUUUAAUCAAUAGAUGCCUUUUAAAUGUUAUUUAGAUUUUCAAUUUACAUCCUAUAUUUUAGUAUAUACUAUUAUACGAUUAUUGUUAACUCACACGUAUUCUUGUGGGUGUUAUUUUCAAUAAAGGCAAAUAAAGAAAGAAACAAACAAAGAUAUUCAUGAGUUGCCAAGACCAUGGAGAAUCAUCACUUAAUUAAUAGUUCAUAGAUCAUGUGCAUAGGCAGAACAGUUCUCUUCAAUUGAUCGCCUUUUUUUUUUUUUUUUUUUCUUUUUUAGUUCCCAGCAGAGCACCGUCCAAUGUGAGAGUGUCUAACGUACGGUUUGAUCAACUUAAAGUUCAGUGGAAUGCACUCCCUCAGCAAUUCGCUAAUGGGCGUCUCCUUGGAUACACAGUCUACUAUUACGAGUAUUAUAACUCAUAUGUUAUAAAAUCGGUUAGCACCAGAAGUCCGUACGUAAACAUGGUAAUAUUAAGAGGUCUCAAGGCAGCUAGUCGUUAUCAAAUAGCUGUGGCAGCCUUUACGUCUAAAGGCGCUGGAACGCAGUCCUACUGGCUGUACGUAACAACAGGUAUUUUUUUUUAUUUUUGUGUUGUUUUGUUUUGUUUUUUUUUUGGCAUAAUGCUAACUACCACAAUUAUUAUUUCGCUGAAUCCGCAAGUGGCCAAGAUGUAGCGAAUCCUGCGUUCUGAUCGGCUACCCGAGCGGGCAAGAAGGGCUCAUGUUGCCCGCUUGAGAUUUCCCACGUUGGUCCCAUAUAUAUCCUUUAUUGACCAAGCUUGUUCGGUCAAGAUGAUUGGAUAUUGGCCUCCUUCUUUUUUGCAUUUUCAUUGACCUCCACUUCGUCGCGAAAAAAGAACUUUGCCUGCAUCUAGUCAUCUUGACUUCACGACUCCCGAUAACUCAACCCUAACGCAACCUUAUUACCAAAAUAUUUAUUUUCCUACAUUCCUGUAAUUUUACCCUAACUCGAACCCUCGACCAAUUUUCCCGUUCCCUUCAGGUCAUUUUUCUAUAUAAUUUUACCCUCGAUAACUCGAACCAUGUUUUGAGCCCUUAAAAGCCGUCUACUGGCGUCCGAAACAUUGAAUUUUGGAUUUCCUAUUGACGUGUUGUAGGAGUAUAGUUUACUAGUGGAGGCUAAUGUUGAUUGUCACAGGGUAACGUGAAGCAGCUUUUCUUCUCAAAACAGCAAAACGCAUGCUUUAUUUAAGCUAUGUUUUGUUACGUUACGUUCUGAUUUAUAAUCUAAAAGUAUCUUUUAAUUUUCACUUGGCAUUUCUGCAAUUAAAUGUGAUUAAAAUGUUCACUGUGCAGUAAAAAGUGUUUUUUUACCUUACUCUGGGCUAUUUUCUUCGAACUCCCGGUAACUCGAACUCCCGAUAACUCGAACCUUUUUUCGAUUUCCCUUGAAGGUUCGAGUUAUCGGGAGUCGACUGUAUUUGUCUGAUUUUGAUUGGCUCAAAUACCUCGGAUAGAACACCCUUCUUUAUCUUCACAAUUCUUCAUAUGACAGCGUCAUCCAGUAAUUCUUAAAUGCCUUUUUUUUUCUUCUUCCUCUUUUAAUUUAACGCGAUGAACUGAGAGGAAAUUCUCACUUUUUCUAAUAAAUUUAACUGCGAAAAAUGAGUAUCGGUAUAUUUUUAAUUCAGUGCCAAACACACCUUAGCAUGUCUCGUUCAACAGCGUAUUAAAAAAAAAUCAUGGUGAUGUUAAAUGCAGCAUUUUUAUCGCUACACAGUAUAACAAGAGGCACUGUUUGAUUUGUAGGUUGUGGAGGUGGCUUAAAUGAGUUGUUUGGUAACUUGCAAGUCGGCCGCAGUUCAUACUAUAGUUACUAUACGCUGCAAUGUACCUGGAAGAUUGGGAAUGCAGGGAUAAGCCAAGCUGUUGCAUUUGUGUCCUUACCGGACCUCUAUUUGUCUUAUUACAGGCGAGUAUGAUAUGUUUAUACACACGUAGAAAGGGAAACCUGAGGUAAAAGAUACAGGCGUCCUGAGAGUAUUGAUUAACAUGAAUUAAACGAUGAGCCAGUGUUUGGUUCUAAUUGCUCAGUACUCUAAUCCCAGUAAAAAUAAACAAACAAGCAACGGUCUAGACUAAGUAAAAGAUUAUUUAGAUAGAUGUAAACAAUUGUCGAACCUUAACGUAUUUAUCGGAUUUAUCGGAGAGUCAGGUGAAUAAAUACCCGGAUUACUCAUUUUCUGUCUUAAAGAAUUUUAAUUUCUUCUUUUGUUAAUGGUAGGUGGAGAAGCUUCUUUUGGAUUGUUUCCUGUUUCAAAUCGCUUUAAUUGCUUUUGCGUGAAUUUAAGAGUUUGUCUUGUUUUUGCGAACGGUUGGUCUGAAAUGAUGGACUCACCUCAUUGUCCGUUGAACAACAUAAAUCUGUUAGCAGAGUAUCGGCUCGUUAGCGGUGUUUUUAUAUCCAAAUGAGCUGCAUAGUUAAUGAUGGUAGGGGCUCGCGUUAGCGCAGCUUGGAGGGUGUGGUCUCGUAGAGCGGAGGGUCGCGCGCGCGGAGGAGAGUCACGUGAUCAAGAAUCGCGCGGUGGAUUCGGUUGCCCUGGCUCGCUCGUAAUCACCUUAGAAUCGGUGUCGAAAUACAAACAAAGUUCCUGAAGCAAUUCUACGACUUCAUACAAAUGUAAACGGGCCCAGUAAGCGGUGAAACAAGUCAAGAAAAUAUUGACAUGGAUUGCAGAUAGAUCGUCUUUACUUGUUUUCUUGUAAUAGACCUCCACAGUGUCAUCCGUGACGACAUCGAUAGAGCACACAUCAAUUUCACCAGUGUCACCCAGGAACUCUGUCAGCUUCUGAUGCUCAGUGAAAUCUUGAAUCUGGGUCUUGUUAGGCGCUUUUCGGAGCUUCCCCCACACAUUGUUAAGGGUAAUUUUUGCCACGCUUCUGAGACCCUUAUUACACUCCAUUUUGUGUCUCAGAGUCUUCCCUUUCCGCAACCAGCAAGUUAGCCUCGUGCUGUUCAUGAGUUUGCAUCACUUCAUGAUCAAAAAAACACAUGCAAGGGAUCUUCUUCUUCUUCCGGCGUUUUCACUUUUUGAAUGAAACAGGAAUGUUCCAGGACCGGCACAUACUGUUUGCAGCUCCGGCAUUCAUCAUAGCCCCAUUGAUGCUUUCUAACUUCUUACUGCUUUUCAAUAAUCUCCGACAAUCAGGGCAGAUUUUUCCUCAAUUCACACACACUCGCACACGUCAGUCCUUUACCCCUUUUACCACGAUAAGCGGUCUUCUUAUAGUUGGCAAAACACACUUCUCCAUAGAAAAAAACGAUAGCAGCGUCCACACUGAAGAGUCACGCGACUGCCUCGGUGAAGGUAAUCAGGACAACCAUUCGUUAAACAAGCUGAACAAUGUUCUUUAUUGACAUUGCGUUGAUGUUGGCCUUGAUUACCAUAGCCUCGAUAACAAUAGAUAUAGACAUGCUUCUUGUCCCAGUAGCCUUGGAGAAACUGCGUGAAACCCGCUUGCCUAAAACGUAUCAGAUUAAACGAGACGCAAAGCGAUAUGAGUUGUACACCCUUCCUCAGUACAAGUAUUAUCGGUUGGUGUUUAACUAAAGGGGUGGUCGAUCCUGCUACCUUCAAAACUUACCCGUACUGGUAUUAUGACCCAGAGACUUUCAUGACAAUAUAUUAAUUAAACGAAUGUAAAUAAUGUUUUAUCUUGUAAAUACACUUUUUUUGAAGUCGUUGCGUGGUAGUGAAAAUAGAACAUUUUCCAGUGAUAGCGUGACAUGAUAUAGCGUGACAUUUUUUUCCGAAAAAAACUAGUUUGCGUCACCGUGUGAAAAGGGCGGAUAAACAACUAGUGUUUUCCACAUGUCCUGUUGGUAACCGGGUUUGUUUAGUCAAAUUAUAAACAUAGCAGAAUUGUAUAUCGGUGUCUUGAUUUUCGUGGGGGAAGGUUGACUGCGCAUGCGUGGUAGAAACCUCAUGUCUCUCUUUACCGUUUGUUUACACAUGUAAACCUUCCCUCUUUAUUUAUAUGGGGAGACGUCAUCCGUCCGACACGAACCCGCUAGUAUCCGAACUCCGACUAGAACACGAACCUUAUCCCGACAAGUACUCCAACUCCGACUGGUAACCGAACACGACCAUAAUCUGACCAGUACCCGAACUUCCACUAGUACCAAAACACGAACCCUAACCCUAGACUAUUGCGAGGAUGGUCCGACCAUAAUUCGAGGGUAGUCCGAUGAGAAUCCUAGCCACACCCUCAAAGCUACACUAACGCUAAGCUUAAUACACGAACCAGGCGCGAUCACAUGACCUUCCCGGCGCGCGCGACCCCACGCUCUAAUCCUGGCCACACCCAAAAAAACAGCUUCAGUGCUAGCCUCAUUUCCAUCCCGGCACACUACGACACUUUCAGUAGUGCAUCCCAAAUGUUACCUGAACGCCCGGAUACCCUGCUUCUGUUGUUUGAAGAAGGUCGUUUGAAAGUAUUUUAUAUCGUCUGAAUUUUUUUUUUUUUUUUCGUACAGCGAGUACAUUAAGGUAAUUGAUGGUAACGGUAUCACGGUUCUCAGUCGCUAUGGAUACUCGUCUGCAACUCAGAAAACUUUCCGGAAAGUUUCAUUUGGAAAUUCUGGGAACAUCACUGUGCAGAUCUACCUAAGGCGAAGCUACAGUAACUUCAGGCUACAAUUUGGAAUUUUAAAACAAGGACUCCAAUCAGGUUAGCAUUUCUGUUACAGCUAAACUCAUUUUAUAUGUAAUAUUUAUAUAUUUACAUACGCUCGUCUGCGAAUAAUAAAAAAAAGGUAUCAUUCAAAACGAUAGCUAUGGAGAUAUUGGAGAUAUUGAGUGAAAUGCCCCUAUUUACAAAACCGAUUACAAUAUGAUCAUAACAAAAGUGAAUCAAGUAAUCUUGUACUAUUCAAGCCUGUGGGUGUAUAAGAACAAAAACUAGCGUGGGCUUAAGGCGGUUAAAGUGACUCUCUGUAUGCAACUAUAUAUUUUUUGUUUAACUGUUGUUGUUGUUUUAUUAUGGCGGAAUUUCUCAAGGUUUUCAGCUUUUCUUUUUUUUUCUGCUUAAGUGUUUUUGGUGAGACAUUUCUGUGACGUGAAUAUGAUAGUUUAUAGGUAACGACCAAUCAUAGCACCCGCAGCGUGCACUACACUGUAUGAAACUUAAUAGUUCGGAGGGUGUUAUUCGCUGUACCGAUGAAGGAUGAGAACCUUAAGAUAAAUAACUCGAAACAUUUAUUUGAUCAUUUACUCAUUUUUAUUUUAUUUUAUUUGUGUUUUUAUUUGCAUUAAUAUUUACUGUAUAUAAGACAUAUAACUCACACUCCGUUUGGAAUAUAUGGCAAAACGGAAGGUAGAAUUCCCCUUAUUUGUGCUUCGAACCACUUUUAAACGCACAUAAAAGCCUGUCCCGAAGGGAGCAGGUUAAAAAACAAAUGACGUAAUCCCAUGGAGUCCAUACACAAGCACCUGGUCCCAAGAUCGAUCCUCUGCAUCAUUUUUUUCUGCUGUGCUUCAAAACUACCACAAGUAAAUGAAUCUUUACCGCACUUUUUUCCUUAGGUUUUUUCCUUUUUCACCUAUAGCUACACCUCCUCGAUAGGGAGGAAAUCUUUGGAAGCUGUUUAUUUUCAAACUGAUUUGACCUUUCUAGUCGCAGGAAACGAUUACAAGACGAAAACGGUUUCAUCACUCGUCUUCGCGUUCCCGCUAUCACGAACGCUCGCACUCGACAAACAGUUUUCCGCCUAAAGGGCGGAAAACUCCGGAUUCUGUGCCUCCAGCAGCCGAAGGCAUAUCUUGGCUUUUAUCCUGUCUACGUUACAGCAAAUUAAAACAGACAUGGCGAAGACCAGUGAUCGCUUUUCCUCCAUCGAGCCUCGCUUCGGGCAACACUGAGGAAAUCUCCCGGUAUUACAUGAUGAUCAAAUUUCGGUUCUGGCCUAUUCCUAUAGGGAACUUGAUUAUUCUGAAGAAUGUGUGCCAUUGGCUACUGAGCCCCAAACUGAGGCUACUCAGCCAAAACACCAGGAUAUUAGGCCAUCAAAGGAGACAAACGUCUCCCAAUCAUCCGAAGGCUCCCAAGCACACUUGGUGGCCAGCAACAAAUCUCCUUUAUACAAUCCUGACUCCGCCCAGUUCUUAUGGGAACCCACAAGGGAACUGGCUUCCUUCAUAGAUAAACAAUUCCGUAGAAAAAUGAGUUAUGAUCGGGUUUAUGAAAUCCUGGACAAUUACAGUAUGACUUCUGUGGAUUUUCUCAUAACAAUAAGACUCAACAACUUCCUAGAGAAGUGGAAACAGAUAACUGAAGACCCAGAAAUUUUAAACGUUGUUUCGGGACAUCGAAUCCCAUUCCGCUCUAUUCCUGUUCAACUUCACAUUCCUGUCACAAAAUGAUCGGAUUCAACAGCUUCUCUUAUACAGAUGUAGAUGCAGAAGCGCUGAAGCUCCUAUCAUUGAGGGCAAUAGAAAAAUACCCUUUAACUCAGCUAAUACUGGACCUCUUACAGCAGCUAGGCUUCGCCAUAAACUGGGAAAGUCCCUUCUAGACCCCAGCAGCUCGCGAAGUGGCAAACUUCAUAGGCACCUUGGAGGAUACUUGUCCCACCAUCUGGAAGGCCCCUCUUUAUUAGAGGCACUUACAAAUACAGCUCAUAAAGUAUCUACAUCUUUCUGUAUCUUUCGCUCACAACGUUAUAGAGGAUCAUGAAACCAUGUGCUUGUGCAGGGGUUCCAUAGGAUUACCAUUUGUUUUUUUAACCUGUCUCCGGGUCGGGAGAGGUUUUUAUAAGCGUUUAAAAGUGGUUCGAAGCACAAAUAAGCGGAAUUCUACCUGAUGUUUUGUCAUGUAUUUGUUACUUCGUUUGUUUAUAUAAUUUCAAUUAUGCUGGCAAGCGGCCCUGGUAUACGUGGGAUAUAUAUAUAUUUUUUUAAUUGCUAUUUUAUUUAUUUCUAGCAUUUCCACUGCCUAACUGGAGCGUGUCCAUUGGCAACGCUACUACGACAAGCAUCCGAUUCUCUUGGCAAAACCUGCAAACACUUAUUGGUCAACUAAUUAGUCAUUACUUUGUAGUCGUGAAAAACUCAUAUGGUAGUAGUCUAAACAGUCACAUCGUCUCAGGAAAUACUACCUCCCAUGUAUUCCAUGGAUUAUCGGUCUAUAGAGAGUAUCGGUUAUUUGUUGUUGGUGUAAAUAACAGUGGCGGGGCCUACAACAGUACAGAGAGCUCAGCAUGGACGGACGAAGGGGGUAAGUGCAUUAUCAAAACGUUAUUUAAUUUUUUUGUUAUAUCAGUACGUAUCGUAGGUACAGGCAAAUAGUCUCAUAGUAUGUCAUUGCGGCAACUAGCAACCAACAAUGUGAAGAAACUACAUCACGCGUUCCUGAAACGAGUGACGAACCCCUAAGAACGUCUGCGUGGGAGGCUAGGCAAUUCCUUGAUUCGCUCUGAAAAAACGCUUAGCCCUUGCCAGAUCGAUUCAGCUACUGAGUCUUUAUACGACUGUUAAAUCAUUUCAGUUAUCAACAAAGGCAAUGAUACAAAUUCUUGAGUUACGCGAUUUAAUUAUGUGGAGGAAACAUUUAAUUUCUACUCUAAAAUUAAUUAAAUACUUAAAAUAAGUUAAUUAAAAAGCCUUAAAAACAUUUAGUGAAAACAAGCAUUUUUUUCCUAGUUCCCAGCAGAGCUCCAUCGUAUAUCCGACUUUCAAACUUACAGUUUGCUGAGGUGAAAGUUCAGUGGCAACCACUCCCCUAUAACUACGCAAAUGGGCGUCUCCUUGGAUACAAAGUCUUCUAUAGAGAAUACACCUCUUAUUAUUAUUACUAUUACUCGUAUUUAACAAAGAGUGUUAACACUAGCAGUGCUAAUGUUACCAUGGUGAUAUUGAAAGACCUAAAGCAGGCCAAACGUUACCAAAUAGCAGUGGCAGCUUUUACGCCUAAAGGCGAAGGACCGCGCUCGUCCUGGACUUUCAUAACCACAGGUAAUGCACAAUUACUUUUAGGCCGGUACUAACUGUUAUGUUCAUUUAUUUAUUUAUUUAUUUUUAAUUUGUAAUUAUUAUUAUAAUGGGGUGAGUAAUUUGGGAAUCUGAACAGUAUUUAAGUACGAAAUUGAUAGAUCCAUAUAAAUAGCCAUCAAAAUUCAUUUAUGAUUCGAGGAUUGUGGUCAAAAAAGCGUUUCGCCUUAUAAUUUUAGUGGGGAAAAUCAGGAGAGUCUAAAUCUAGAACAGUCUUAAAGAUGUUAACAACAUGACCGUGUAUAUAUGUUGUGUCUGGGUUAGUCCCAUAUUAACCCUAUUGACGGUAGACAAUGUGUAGCUGUUUAAAUGAUCGUUUCCAACUCUUCAUUCGAAACAAACAAAAAUAAACCAAUGUAAAUUAUCCUUUAAGUAAAUGAUGCAGUGGAAUCUUUACUAACAGCUACCUCUUCGCAACGGCCAACUCUCCAUCCGACCACCCCCUUCCCUCGUUGUUUUUUUUUUGUUUGUUCUUGUCCAGGCGUACACAUUUAUAAAGAGAGAAAUAAAGGAAAAAAAUAGUAAGAAAGAGAAAAUAAAAAUGAAAUAAAAUAAAUGUAAGGCGCGCGGCGGAUAUUUUUCCAUUAAGCCGGAUCAGGACUAAUAAAUUUCCUAAUAUUAUUUUAUCUAAGGGAAUUUGCAAAAGUCAGAACUGGCCGGUCAGACUAUGGUCAGACCAGUCAUUUUGACAAAGAAAUAAGCUUGUUUUCCAAGAGAUUUGCCGAAAAACCGUCUCCUUUGUGGAUACUAUUUUGGAUUUGACUGAUCUGGCUAUAUUCUCAUUACUACAGGAAUGGUCUGGCCGGUCAGUUCUAACAAAUGGAAAGCGCCCUAAAUUUCUUUCUUUGGUUAUUGUAUAGGUUGUGGAGGAAGCUUUAAUCAGUCAUUUGGCCAGCUACAAUUUGGCCGUAAGAAUUACUACGGUUACGUGCUGUGCACCUGGUCAAUUGGAAAUGUGGGAAUAGAGCAAGCAGUUGCACUUACGUCAAUACAAGAACUCUACCUAUCAUAUUCAUAGUGAGUUAAAAUGAGACACUAUGCUUCGAAAUAAAUUAGAAUAAACCUUUUCUUUUGUUUUUUUUUGUUUUGUCAAAAGGGAAGAUGGGAAGAGGUAAGGAAUCGAAGGAGGAAAGAAAGGAAGGGGGGGAGGAAGGUGAAAUGAUAGGAAAAACUGGUAACUUUAGGAGACCAAACCAAGGACAGCUAGUUUACCAUUAUCAAUGACAAGAUAUGUGUUUUCCCUUUGUUUUGCAGUGAAUAUGUUAAAAUAGUCGAUGGUAGAGGUGCAACAGUAUUUAUUCGCUAUGGAUACUCGUCGACCCCUCAAAAACCAUUCGCGGAAGUUUCUUUUGGAAACUCUGAAAAUAUCACCGUUCAAAUCUAUCUAUACGGAAGUUACAGUAACGCAAGGCUUCAAUUUGGAAUUUUACAGCAGGGAUUCCAGUCAGGUUAGUUUCAUUCUUACAGUUGACGUUAGUACUGUCAGUUUUUGUGUUUUGUCACAUACAUUUAUCAGGCACUACCAUCACUACCACCACUCUAGAAGUGUUUGUUGUCAAAGAUAAUAAGGAGAAACCGCUUGUGCAAAAAAGGAAAAAUAUGACACAAGCAUGUCGCCUACGUCCGCAGUCAUGACGUUUCAGGUUUACUUCAGUUAACAAAAGAGUUCAAAUUUGCGCUCUUGACUGCCGUGCUGUCAUGAUAAUGAAUGUUUCAUUGGUCGGAAACAAGGGAUCAAGCUUGUCACAGUACACGGGUAACGAAGACUCUGGGGAUGAGAUUGGGCAGUUGCUCGCCAACUGAAGAAUUCUUUUUGCCCAUGGUUGUGAAAUUUUCUUCUCGAAUCGUUGUCAUUAACUCUCCAUUGUUGGAGACCAUUGGAAGCUAUCCUCGACAAACGUUGAACAACCGACGAUGUUCCGAAACAAGAAAAGGGCUAAGAUCGGGGAAUAUCGGAUCGAAAUCGGCAGAGUUCGUUGUGGGCUCGGAAUCUAUUGUUUCAUUCACUCACCCACUCAACAGGAAAGCAUAGUGUGGCUUACCAGCCUCUUAGGCGCUAAGCCACAAAAACGGGAAAACAUCAAACCAUGCACAUUUAAACGUAAUUUAAAUGUUCUCUAAAUUGAAUCAACCCCCCUCUCUGUUUUGUAUUUAUUUAUUUAUUUAUUUAUUUAUGUAUUUAUUACGACAUAAAACGAUACAAACGAACGAUAAAGUCCGACGUUUCGGAGUAGUUAUGACCCCAUCAUCAAGGAGAGUGUUUUUGGUCAUGCAAAUUACAGCAUUUAACGCGAUGUGGCGCGAAACUUAACAUAACAGGGUGCGAAGAUUAUGAAAAUACUUUCGCACGAAUAGAGUCUGAUUGCACGUUGAGAUUUGGCUUUAAGAUUCUUAUGAAAAGCAUUUCGUACACUAAACAGUCAAAUUUGUUCCUGCAUUUCUUAUAAUUAAGCACUUCGAAACGUUUCAGCAGGUCCUGAUGGAUCGUCUAGUGCACGUUCUUGUAAUGUUUGGCAAUGGCGGAGGACAAUCUGUUGCUCAUGUCCUUUUACACGAUUGUUUAAAUGUCCGCGUGUGUAACCUACAUAGCCUGCAUCACACAGGUCACAUUGGAAGUUAUAAACUACACACUGUUAAUUUACGAUCGGUCGCUUUGCUUCUUUCACAUUCAGUUCUUGUUCAAUUUUCCGGCUGGCAAACACAGGCUGGAUGGUGGUGUUUACUUUUAGGCUCAGAUCCUUGAGUUGUUCUUUCACAAUAUCUACUGAGAUUUGGUCUUUAAAUGGUAAAACUACUCGAACCGUGUCAUCCAUCUCUUUAGCUGGUGAUAAAGGUCGCUGCUGGUCACAGACCUUUGAGUCAACGAAACUUUUGAUGGUAGAGUUAACGAGGUGUUUGGGGUACUUUAAACGGGAGAAUGCUGUCUUCAAUCGCUUACAUUCGUCUAAGAAGUGUGACCAACAAGAAGAUAAACGAUAUGCUCGAUCCAGAUUGUCAACAUGACUCUGGUAGUGUAAGAGUAGACUUGAAUUCGUGGGUUUUACGUACACCUUUGUCUCUAUUUGAGGCGAUCGAUUCAGUAUAACUGGAAGCCAAGAAAUGGGAGCAUGCCAUUGCAUUCGGUUUCCAUCGUGAAUUUUACGGAGGAAUGUGCCUUGUUAAGCGUGUCCAGGAAGAUGCUGUUUCUAUAUUCGGCAUGAUGGUGAGCGUAUCAUCAACAUACCUUCGAUAGAAGGAAGGGAGUUUACCCUCUCGCUUUCUUCGGUUGAAGACAUGAACACAUUAGCUAGUAAGGGACCAAGGGGAGAACCCAUAGCCAUGCGUUCAGUUAAAUAAAAUAAUAAAACAUAAAUAAUUUAUUCUUGCCUCUUUUUUUUAGCACAACUGGUGCCCAGUUGGAAUGUUUCUGUUAGCAACAAAACAGCAACCAGCAUGCGAGUUUCUUGGCAACAUUUGGCACCACUGCUGAGCCAAAGUAUCCUUCACUAUGUAACUGUCAUAAAAACUAGCAAUGGAAGCAUCGUGAAUGGAAAUAUCCUGCAAGGAAAUUCCACAUCUAAUGUUUUCUAUGGCCUGUCGCCGUAUAUGGAAUAUCGAAUCAGUGUUAUCGGCGUUAAUGAUGACGGAAAGGUUUACAAGAGUUUAGAGGUCACAGAGUUCACUUAUGAAUCA